AUGCCGUCACAGCGACCAUUCUUCCUCUCCUCCUUCUUCAACUCCUUUCGACAACAAGCCCCUGCCCUCUCUCAACAAGCCACCAAACACACGUCGCAGGCCGCAUCUGCAUCUGCUGCCGCAGCCUCCACAUCAGCCGCGGCCGCAGCAUCUUCCACUCCAUCGUCCGCCGCCCGCGCAAUCUCCACAAACGCUGCCACAACAUCGUCCACCAACGUCGCCAUCCACACGCCGCGCGGUUCUCCCGGCGGCCCCAUCCCCAUCCCCAACGGCUCUCGCAGAAGGGGUAGCGACAGCAGUAGCGAAGGCUUUCGCGAUGCGCUCGGCGCGGAUAAGUGGUACAUCGGCGGCAGGACGGCGGCUGGGGAGGAGAAGUUCUUCAAGAUGGGCGUAAUUCGAAGGGUAAGGAGUAAUGAUGGCUUGAGUCUUGAUCGUCUGAGUUUAUAG